CAUCUCGUGACGUCACUGUAAACAAACAUGGCGGACCACUGGCGGCUCUUUAAUGUUUCCUGAGCGUUAAACAAACGUUUGUUUAACGUUUCCUGAGCGUUAAACAAACGUUUGUUUAACGUUUCAUCUGCGUUUGUUUUGGCGCCAAACAGACUAAACGAGCGGAUGUGACGUGUUAGCUCGAGCGGAGCUAGCUUAGCUUAGCGUUUAGCCUGUGCGUUACCAUGGCAACGUUAGCACACAGCGAGCUAGCCGUUAGCUCGGUUCGAGUUUCAGACAUGGACGAACUGUUCGGUUCGUUAGAGUCACUGCAGAGAACACACGUCACAGUUUAACACUAACUCAUCCAGAACCGAGCCGAGCCGAGCCGAGGGCAGACACAUGGAGCAGUACAGCAUCCUGGGCCGGGUCGGAGAAGGAGCUCACGGCAUCGUGUUCAAGGCCAAACACAUCGAGACCGGGGAGACGGUGGCUCUGAAGAAGGUCGCUUUGAGGCGUCUGGAGGACGGCAUCCCGAACCAGGCUCUGAGGGAGAUCAAGGCCCUGCAGGAGAUCGAGGACAACCAGCACGUGGUCAAGCUGAAGGACGUGUUUCCUCAUGGGACGGGUUUCGUCCUCGUCUUUGACUUCAUGCUGUCUGACCUCUCUGAGGUCAUCAGAAACUCUGAGCGACCUUUGACCCCGGCUCAGGUCAAAGGUUACAUGAUGAUGCUGUUAAAGGGCGUGGCCUUCCUGCACCACAACAACAUCAUGCACCGCGACCUGAAGCCGGCAAACCUCCUCAUCAGCUCGUCAGGUCACCUGAAGAUUGCAGACUUCGGUUUGGCAAGAUUGUUUAGUGAGCAGGAAGAGAGACUGUACAGCCACCAGGUGGCCACCAGGUGGUACCGAGCUCCUGAGCUGUUGUACGGAGCCCGAAAGUACGACGAGGGAGUCGACCUGUGGGCGGUGGGUUGUAUCUUCGGGGAGCUCUUGAACUCGUCUCCUCUGUUUCCUGGAGAAAACGACAUCGAACAGUUGUGCUGCGUCCUCAGAGUGCUGGGUACACCAACACAGGACAGCUGGCCGGAGAUCGUUGAACUGCCAGAUUACAAUAAAAUCACCUUUAAGGAGAAUCCAGCGAUCCCAUUGGAGGAGAUCGUCCCUGACACGUCUCCUCAGGCCGUCGACCUGCUCUACAAGUUCCUGGUUUAUCCGUCCAAACAGCGCUGCUCCGCCAGACAGGUUAGCCCCGCCUCUUCACGCACCUUCAUCCAAUCAACAAACAUGUCCCAUGAGGCCGAGCGGCUGACCGCUGCCACUCGUCAGCUCAUCAACUCCUGUCACUGGUCGGACGACUCUGGCUGUCAAUCACUGAGCUCUUCAAAUGUCCUGCCCACUCCUUCCUCGUCCUUAUAUAGUGAUCCUGCGCUGACCCCGCCCCCCGCCCUCUUCCUGUCCUCAACACCUGGAUGGAGCAGUUACUAUGGCAACAUUUACCCCUCCACAUCGACCUCCUCUGAUUGGGUGCUACCUGGCAGUCAGACAUGGGGGUGGGGCAAUGUACAAGAGCGUCAGUGUGUGAGCUGUGGGACGAGCAGCGCCCCCCUGUGGAGGAGAGACACUGCAGGGGAUUACCUGUGUAACACCUGCAGUCAGAGAAGCACCAACAGACCCCUGCUGAGACCCAAGAGGAGAGCUGUCAUUAGUCAAAGGAAAGAAAAGUGUGUGAACUGUUUCACCACCACGACGACGCUGUGGAGGAGGAACGCUGCCGGAGAACCUGUGUGCAACGCCUGUGGACUGUACUACAAACUACACCAGGUCAACCGGCCAUUGGCGAUGAAGAAAGACAGAAUCCAAACCAGGAACCGUAAAGUGUCCAAUAAGAACAAGUGGAGCCAGAAAUCCAACCAAUCAGAGACUCAGCUGUCCAGACUGGCCCCGCCCACUGAGGCGACUACGUUUGAGUCGUUCAGUCAGCUGUCGUCCUCAUCACGUUUUAAAGAUUCGAAUCAGUGAUCAGCUGUUUGACAUUUCUAAAAUGUAAUAAAAAGUGUU